UUCCUUUCAUCUGUAUUGCAUGACGUAUACUCUCGCGCUGUUCGAGCAUCACAAGUACAGAGGACAUAUUUGCCAUGGCGGAUACUGAGCAAAAGACGCCUGUUGAGGGCACACCGGUCGAGGAUGUAGAGAUGGAAGGCGCAGCUGAUGCUAGCGCUGGCGCAGACGAGGGUGCUGGGGAAGAGACGGCUUUGGCUGAUAUUGAACCUGAAGCGCCUAAGCUGAUGUUAUUCUCAGACCUGAUUAAGAGUCCAAUCGUAGAAGUCGUUGCUGGAUCAGGAGAGACCCGCGCCACAUACUCAGCACACGAAGCUGUUCUUCUCAAAUCGGCCGAGUUUGGCAAACAGAUUGAAAAGUUUGCGCCAGGAGGGCCGCGCCAAAUUGUCUAUUCAGACUGCGACAUAGACGCCAUGGGCUCGGUAAUCGAGUACCUGUACACAGGCGAAUACUUCCCCAAGAAGACGUCGUCCGCGCGCGACGCACCGCUCGAAAAGGACCCGCGGCAACCAGAAAUCGACCACGAGGGCGUCGGCCUCCUCGUGCACGCCCGCAUCUACACCCUCGCCGAGCGGCUGCAACUCGCCGAGCUCAAAUCGCUCGCACACUCCAAAAUCCACCGCACGGCCUCGACGGCCAAAGGCGAACUUGCAUACGCGCGCUACGUCUACAAAGAAUCGGACCCGGAAGACGUAACCAUCCGCAAGCCCGUGGCCGCGUUUUGGGCUACCCGCAGCUACAGCCUGCGCCACGACGCAGAGCCAGAGUUCAAGGCAAUGUGUCUCGAGUUCCCCCAGUUCUCGUACGAUGUGCUGCAGCUGGUGCUUGAUCAGCGGGAGAAGAAGAAGGGCGGGGAUGACACGCCUGCGAGGAGUAGUGGGCCGAGCGUUAUACCGGGUAGCACGAGGAAGAGGCCGAGGGUUAGUCAGGUGUAA